AUGUGUGAAGUCAAAAAACACUCAGAAAUAAAAAGCGGCCAAUUCAUGGUGAGCAAUCUGGACGACUCAGACGCUGAACGAGACGAAGAUGAGCCAGUAAUAAGAAAGAGUGCUGAAACGGUCAAAGAUCUGAGCAGGGCUGUUGAAUUUGAUGCACUUCCUUCACUUUUCGAAAGCCUCAGUCUUGCGUAUGUAGGAAGAACUGUUACCAGUCCGCGUUGGAGUUACUUUAUGGGUACUGGUUUCCAACUUAAGCAAAAAGUUCGGCUUAAUAAUAUAAUAUGGAGGGAGUAUCACAUGCAAUAUGUAAGACAACAUGAACCAGUGGUUGUCAAAUUCGAGGUUCCAUCUGCGGAUUCAACUAAUAUUGAUCGACAGUGCUUGGUGAUGAAUGGCAAAUUCUGGAAUCAGCACUCAAAAAAGCUAACUUUUGAAUAUAGGCGAUGGCGAACCUUUUUCAUAAACCAUCUCCGCUCUAAAGUAGACUCCAAAGCUUCAAAUCGUUCAGAUAAACGCCACACAGAUUUUGAGUUGCCUUUGGAUUUUCCCUCCAAAAUUCCUUUUGUUGACGAUAGGGAUGCGAUUAAUGAUGUUGCACCUUCCUCUGGUAUCGGGAGUCCGCGUUUUCUUGACGAUCUCAUGAAGGAAUUUGAUGGAAAUCUUGACUUGUUUUUGGAUCAGCCCUUUCCAGAUCCCAGAGACACAUCUAUGUUGGGAAAUUCUGAUAUUAUGCAACCCGGUUUGACUCAACUCCAGCCUAAUUCAGAGAGCUAUCGAAACGAUCUAAUCACGGGUUUACUUCAGCAACCAGCCAUGCCAACCAUAAUGGAGGAUGAGUACUCCAGCACUUGUGCUUACAAUCGUCAUUCAGGUGGCUCCUCCUACACAUCAUCUCAAGCUAUUCAUAACUAUCAGCCAUUAGCGCCACAAUUUCAGCAUGGUAUAUCGAACUGCUCCUAUCCUUACUCUUCCCAGGGUACCACUUUUCGAACCUAUCCUCUUCCGGAAUGUGGCUAUGCGAAUAAACCCUUUUUUGGUUCAGAGGUGACUCCUCAACCAGCUCCCUGUAAGCCAAUUCGGUUCGCGGAACCAGAGACAGGAAAACAAAAUGGGGGAAAUCUUGCCCUCUUGAAUGCUUUGCUACAAAAGCCAUCAUCCACAGUUUCUCUGGCGAGACGAGGAAUUCGAGAGCGUCGUCAUUCAAAUUCCUCUUCUGUAGCGUCUGCCUCUUCCCCCGAGACGGCGUCUUCACACACGGGUGGUCCCUACAAGAGACAGCAAAGCCUUUCGACAGGUACUCCAGCCUUGAUUGUGGAUCUUUCAAGGGAGAGAAUUAAUUCUCCGCCAUCCGGAUCUACUGGGUCUGGUUCAGGUGCGUUAUAUGUCGAAGAUAUGUCCUCCGGUUUUGUGGAUACAUCAACUCCUAUCCGUUAG